AUGUCUCGCUUAACUGAAGAACGUAAUCAAGAUGCUACUGUCUACAUUGGUAAUCUUGAUGAACGUUGCACUGAAGCUCUGAUUUGGGAAUUAAUGCUUCAAGCAGGGCCUGUCGUCAACGUUCACUUACCAAAAGAUCGCGUAACUCAAACCCAUCAAGGAUAUGGGUUUUGUGAGUAUAUGAGUGAAGACGAUGCAGAUUAUGCUAUCAAAAUAAUGAAUCAGAUCAAGUUAUAUGGAAAGCCUAUACGUGCAACGUCGGAUAAGAAGAAUUUGGACGUGGGCGCUUCAUUAUUCAUAGGCAAUUUGGAUCCUGAUGUCGAUGAAAAAAUGUUAUAUGAUACUUUCAGUGCCUUUGGUGUGAUCGUGCAGACUCCAAAGAUUGCAAGAGAUCCCGAUACUGGUAAUAGUAAAGGAUAUGGGUUUAUUUCAUACGAUAAUUUCGAUUCUUCAGAUGCAGCAAUUGAUGCGAUGAAUGGGCAAUAUUUGAUGAACAAGUCAAUCACUGUGUCAUACGCGUUCAAAAAGGAUGGUAAAGGUGAAAGACAUGGAAGUGCUGCAGAACGAUUGUUGGCGGCUCAAGCAAAGAAAAAUCAAAGUUUGCCGAAUCGUUUAUUUGCGGACGUUCGUCCACCUACGAUUCCACACGGAGGAUAUCAUGCACCGGGAACAACUACACAGACGGCAACACAACCUCCACCUAGACCAUCUGUUAUAAAUGUAGCGCAAGCUCGUCCACCCCCACCACCUACAUUUGGAACUUCAACUCCUAAUCGACCUCCUUUUUCACCACCAUUACGUCCUCCUGGUCCUUACGGCCAGUAUCCGUCAUUUCAAGGUACCACAACAACUGGACAAGCUCCAAAUCCUUCUGCUCCACAAGGGUAUAAUGGAUAUGGUGCAGGAUUAUCACGGUGA